UUCCAAAUGGUUCAACCCAGCCAAGAGAAACCCUAUUCCCACCUCGCGAUGCCGGCGCUUCUCCUCGCCGUCACUGCUCUCCUCUUUCACCUACGGUCAUAGCUCCUCACCGCUGCCUCCGCUUAUGUUCGCCGCUCCUCCCCGCGCCCAUAGCUCCUCGCAUCCGUGCGCAGCCAUCGAGCAUUGGCGCUCGGGCAAGUCGGGCAUUUUGGAAGCUUGGAGUCUCAAUUUAACUUCGUUAUAUUCGGGAAUUUCUUGGUUAAUUGUACAAGUGUAUUGUCAAUCUGAGCCAGGAUGUAUGGGAAACGUGCAUCCCAGCUUUUAAAAGAUCAAGCAUGCUGUGAAAAUGGACAGUUUACUCCAUUUAAUAGUGAUUUAUUUGAUCAAGUUAUUAGUGAAUGCAAUGAGCACAGCCUUCAGCUCCAGUCAUUAAUCAGGAAAAUUGAGGAGCAGAACUUAGAUAUGCAAACAACCAGAAAUGAAGAUCACUUUGGCGCAGUCAUCCACCACCUUUCUUUGGUUCGCAAUAAACGCUGUCUCAUGGCUUACAUGUAUAAUCGGGCAGAGAUCAUUCGGGGUUUGAGAUGGAAAGUUGGCCCUGUGCUUCCCCAAGAAAUUCAAGAAAAAUUAAAUUAUUCAGAAGAAGAAUAUUUCAAAAAUCACUCGGCAGCCAUAGAGGCCUACAUGUCUGAGAUGGACCUAGAUUUGACUGUGGAUAUGGUUCCUCCCAAAGACCCCUAUAUUCGAGUUAGGGUGCUUGAUGAUAUAGGUGAAGUCUGCCUUGAUGACCAUUCGAUCUCUCUUGCCAAGCACUCACUGCAUUUUCUUAGGCGUACUGAUGCUGAACCAUUUAUCUCACAGGGUCUAAUGGAAGAGUUUCUGGAAUGAUGCCACUCCGCGAUAAUUAUAAAAAUAUGACACUGUUUGCUUUUUGCUGUGUCUGUGAUCAAAGAAGCGUCUGAAAUCAUACAUAAUUAUGUCUGUCAGUGAAUGAUCAUGGUUGGUGGCUUGUGUUGGAGCAGGAAUAAUUUUUAGUUUCUACAGUAACCACCGAGAAAUGGAAACAGCCCAAAGGAAAUCAACAGAGAUGGUUACUACCUGAUCUUACCAAAGAAUUUGAUGAGCACUACUAGUGUAAGAGAUGUCUCUCUUAGGAUGGACACAUAGCUAAAGAAAAAGUUUAUGUAAGUAGGAAGUAAGAUGUUUGUAAGCCAAGUCACGAGUAAAGUGCAACAAUAAUGUCAACUCUGACUGCAAGAUGAUACCAUGUAUAUGGUAUCAUCUUUUGGUGCCACAUUUCAGUUUCCAUACACUGGUUGUUUCCUUGAAUUUUCUGUAUCUUUUGUCAUCCCAUUUCAACAGAGACUAUAAUGGUAUCAUCUUUUGGUGCCACAUUUCAGUUUCUAUA